CACAACAAUUUUUCUGUUGAUUUUUAGGGGCAACAUGGUCAACAGGAGAAAUGUGUGAUGUUUGGGGCAGACUUUUGAGCACUUGAACUUUGCGAACACCAUGGCUUUGGCAACAUUUGGAACUUGCUUUGCGGGCUUUGGGUGUGGAGUGGCGGCCAUUUCAGCACAGCGCUGCUGGCAAAGGAAUCCGCAGCCAACAAGAUGCGUCAGCCCAUCCGACCCACACAGUCAGAAUCACCAGAGAAUUGCGAAAUGCAACUGUGGGCAGCUCAAUGUGACAGUCACAGGUCCUGACCCCGAGCGCAUCAGUUUGUGCCACUGCAAUUUGUGCCAAAAACAGUCUGGGAAUGUUUUCGCUGUGCAAGCACGCUUCCCGAAAGAGCAAGUGAAAAUUGAAGGAACAUCCACGGUCUGGAAACUCACGAAGGAUGAAGCGGACAAGCUUGAGUAUCGCAAUUGCGUGAGCCUUGGAGGUGGCGGUUCUUUUCAUUUUUGCCCACGAUGUGGUUCCACCGUUUGGUACAUGGCUGAUGCAGAUACCGCCCGGAUUGGUGUCAAGAUUGGUUGCUUCACUGACCCAGCAUUCCCGCCGCCGAAAUUGUCCGGUUUUGAGGAUUAUUGCCACCCGUGGGCAUUGGAGACAGCUUCUCUGGCAGUUCAACAUUUGAAAUGACGCUACGCCGCUACGUCAUACACUCGCUCUUGAAGGUUUUAUAUCAGAGCGGCUGGAAUCUGUGGAGAAAA